AUGUGUGGCUGGACGGACAAAAAUUCACCAAUUCCCGUUCUAGUUCGAUGUUUCAGAGCAAACAAGAUACUGCAGAUACUAGUGCCAUUGUCACUUGCAAUUAUUGCAUUGAGUAGCUAUUUGAAUGUCCUUGCCACCAACUCCUUUUCGGCGACAAAUACACUGUACUCCAGGAGCAAGUAUGCAGAUGGAUUCGAGUCCUUCAAGCUAUCUCUUGGCAUCGUGUUUACACACUACUUCUUCUCACAGCUAUCUGAAUUCAUUUCCAAAGUAUGCUCGUUGGUCGUGUUCAAAGCUUUUCUUUGCGAAUCAGUCAAUAAAUACACCCAGCUAGACUAUUCUGAGUUUCAUAUGAAAGGAAGUGCAAAAAUACAAGAUAACAUCAGCAGAUCGAGCAGGGCUGCUCGUGAGGUAUCAAUAGCACUGUUCUUUGAAAUACCAAAGGCAAUAAUUGAGUUUAUAUUUUCGUUUUGGAGUAUCUAUAAUCUUCUUAAUCCAAAGCACUUUGGAAUAUUUAUUGCUUUGUUCUAUGUUUGCGUAAUUUUUGCCUUCUUCAUAGCAUUUUACGCUUAUAAAAAUGAUAAAAUGAAUAUUUUUCUAUAUAAAAAGUCAUUUACCCCACUGGCUGAUAUCCUCCACAACUACGAUAUUAUGAAGGCCUUCAAUAAGGAAAGGCGCGAAGCAAGAGUCUAUUCCGACUCGCUCAAACCCUUUGUCAAGCGAUCACAGAGUUUCCAGGCAUGCAAUGCUAUGCUUCUAUUUAUUCAGAAAACGGUGCUCUUUCUUCCUCAUGUUUACGUCUUUUACAACACUUCACAAGGGGUAGUUGUGUGGAGGAGCGGGGAGUCGAGUCUCAAUCUCCAGGAGCUUUUGGAGUAUAACUCCUUCUUUAACUCCCUGAAGAAGUCCGUGAUAGCCUUGCGAGACAAGGUUUUCAUUUUGAUCAAGGAGAUGGCCGAAAUGAAAUCUGAUCUUAGCUUUUCGUCCAAGUCUGAUAUCAGUGAGACUGGUCUGAUAUCAAAGAAGUCCUUUGAUUUGAGCAUAAGGCUUCGAAAUGUGGAUCUGUAUGCAGGCAACAACUUGAUUCAAAAAAACCAAAGCCUUAUAAUCAAUAAAGGCGAUAAAAUAGCCAUUACAGGUGUCAACGGGGCUGGAAAAUCGGUCUUUAUCAAAACCUUGCUAAAAUUUUUCAAAAAUGAAGGGGAGUUCUACAUCGACGAUAUUCUUGUUGAAAAUAUCUCUUCGAAGUCUCUCAGGGAGCUGAUUGCCUACGUGCCCCAGGAUCCUCAUAUUUUCAACAACACUGUCCUAUAUAAUUUGGGAUAUUCACAGAAGAACAUAGACGAAAAGAAGAUUCACGAGUACUGCCAGGCGUUUGGACUUCAUGAAUUUUUCAAGUCUAUGAGAGAUGGAUAUUACACGGAGUCAGGAGAAAAAGGAAAGUAUCUCAGUGGUGGCCAGAAGCAGAGAAUUAGUUUUAUGAGAGCAGUUAUCAAGGAUGCGCCCAUAAUUGUGAUGGAUGAGCCAACAGCAAAUAUUGAUAGAACAUCAGAGCUGGAUUUGAUUAACAAAAUCCUCACUUUAUGCAACGAUAAGACGUUUAUUUUGAUUGUUCACAACCACGACUUGCUGAAGAAGUUUGAUAGAAUUCUGUACUUUACAAAGGAAGGCAUUAUCGGUUACGACUCUUAUGAACAGUUUGCUAAUAGAAGCUAA